GGGGAGGUGGGGAGGGGGCAGCAGCCUUCACACACCGUAGCCCGUCCUUAACCCCCACCCACCCUGUGUCACUCGGUCGUUUGUCGCCUGAUGUUUCCGUACCGCAGGGGAACAAUGGUGACAAAAGCGGGCCUCCGUGGCCUUUGCGGGGCUCGGGGGCUCCCUGGCGAGACGUCCAUGGGUCCACAGUUAGGAUCUCUUGAGAUCAGCAAAGUAUGCCCGUGGAACUUGAGCGUCGCUGCUACCAAGUCUUUGGUUCAUCAGAAAUUGAGUCCCCUGGCCACGUGUGCCAUGGCACAAGCUGAGGGUAUGAAACAGACCGGGAACUCCAAAGCGGAAGCCGUAACCGGGCAGUGGAGGGUUGGGCAUAGCUUUCCAGGACAAGAAGAUGCCACCCAAGCGCAUAGCUAAGAGAAGGUCACCCCCAGAGGAUGCCAUCUCCAAAAGCAAGAAGGUGAAAGACACUCGUAACCGCCGUCCUGCUACUCGCUCCUGCCAAGGGCUGGAUUUAAAGCCAGCAACGGGCUCUUGUAAAUAUGGGAGGUCUGCAGAGCCAGCUAGUGUUGGUAGAGUAACAGUCUCACACAGGUCCCACAACACAGAACCAGGCUUGGUGCUGACACUGGGCCAGGGCGACGUGGGCCAGCUGGGCCUGGGUGAGAGUGUGCUGGAGAGGAAGAAGCCGGCCUUGGUACCCCUCCUACAGGAUGUUGUGCAGGCUGAGGCUGGGGGCAUGCAUACUGUAUGUCUGUGCCAAAGUGGCCAGGUCUACUCCUUCGGCUGCAAUGACGAGGGUGCCCUGGGAAGGGACACUUCAGUCGAGGGCUCAGAAAUGGUCCCUGGGAAAGUGGAACUACAAGAGAAAGUGGUGCAAGUGUCAGCGGGGGACAGUCACACAGCAGCCCUCACUGAAGAUGGCCGUGUCUUCCUCUGGGGCUCUUUCCGGGACAAUAAUGGUGUGAUCGGGUUGUUGGAGCCCAUGAAGAAGAGCAUGGUGCCUGUUCAAGUGCAGCUGGACGCACAGGUAGUGAAGGUAGCCUCAGGGAACGACCACUUGGUGAUGCUCACAGAUGAUGGAGACCUCUACACCUUGGGUUGUGGGGAGCAAGGUCAGCUGGGCCGUGUACCUGAAUUAUUUGCCAACCGAGGUGGCCGUCAGGGCCUUGGCCGACUCCUGGUCCCCAGAUGUGUGCUGCUGAAAUCCAGGGGAACCCGGGGCCGUGUGAGGUUUCAGGAUGCCUUCUGUGGGGCAUAUUUCACUUUUGCCAUCUCCUGUGAGGGCCACGUGUAUGGCUUUGGCCUCUCCAACUAUCACCAGCUUGGAACUCCAGGCACUGGAUCUUGCUUCAUUCCUCAAAACUUGACAUCCUUCAAGAAUUCCACCAAGUCCUGGGUAGGCUUCUCUGGUGGCCAGCAUCAUACAGUCUGCAUGGAUUCAGAAGGGAAAGCAUACAGCCUGGGCCGGGCUGAGUACGGGCGGCUGGGCCUCGGCGAGGGCGCUGUGGAGAAGAGCACACCCACUCUCAUUUCUCGGCUGCCGGUGGUCUCCUCCGUGGCCUGUGGGGCUUCUGUAGGCUACGCUGUGUCCAAGGAUGGUCGUGUUUUUGCCUGGGGCAUGGGCACCAACUACCAGCUGGGCACUGGGCAGGAUGACGAUGCCUGGAGUCCUGUAGAAAUGACUGGCAAACAGCUGGAGAACCGUGCGGUGCUAACUGUGUCCAGUGGAGGCCAGCACACAGUCUUACUAGUUAAGGACAAGGCACAGAGCUGAUGAAGUCUUCGGGCCUGGCUUCUGGCCCCAACUCCGCUUCACAGAACAGGAAAACAGCCAGCCUCAGAUUCCAGAAGGCCCCUCCCCAACCUUAAGCAGACAUCAUCUUUCCCAUCACUACUGCAGAAUCCUUUUUCUUCUGUUUCGUCCUCUUUCUAGAAUCAUCCUGGUACUUGUAGGAUGUAGGGGAUGGGAGGAGGAGCUCAGGAGGAUCUUUGCUUUCCAGAAGCUUACUUUGUUAGAUCUUUCUUCCCUUUGGUACCUUGCCUCCUGUAGUCCUAGCUGGCACUGGCUCAUUACCCACAAAACUCAAAACUACAUGCAACAUCCUGCCCCCGGGGCUUUGGUGCCCACACUGGAAAAUUGGGAUUUCAUGAAGCCCUGCUUCCCGUGAGCCUCUCUUUCUGUUCCUAGCAGUAGUUUACAAGGACACAGAUGGUUUGUAUUGUCAUCGGAUCCGGUUAUCAUGGACCCAUGCCUGGGGAGAUCUGGGCAAAGGCUUUACAGGGUUCUGGGUGACCUAAGCCAAAUACUUGGCUCUAAACAGGUGUCCAUGGGCAAAAACAUUGGCUUGUUUGAAAAAAACCAACUGUCCUCCCAAAAGCACAAAGCACCCCAGUGUCCCUUGGGUGUCACCUGUUUGCUCCCCAUCAGUCAGCCUUUCUGCCAUAGAGGACUGGAUAGCCAUGCUGGGCUUGGCUGGGCAGUCAAGGCAGGGUAGUGGGGAAGGAGUGGGAGUUGUUUUAUUAUAACGGUGCUGAGGGGAGGAGUGGAGGGAAAGGUGUGGAGGGGCUGAGGCUGGUCCUAAGAAAAGUAACAGUGGCUAAGAAAAUAGUUUUGAUUUUUUUUAACUGUAUAAUAUUUUGGAGGGGAGAGUAAAAUCUUGUAACACUUUGAAUAAACUUAGAGUUUUAUAA